GUUAGCGGAUGAUUUCUUCAGGUUUUAACACUAUUAACAUUAGAAAUCAUUGCUUUAGGUUCAAUGUGGGUUUGAAACAGAUCUUUCAGAAAUGUAAAGCUAAGCUUCGUGACUGCAGCAGCGUCAGGGAUGUCGAGGGACGAGGACACUCGAGCCGUUUUUUCCCAAUUAUUGAGGAAUACCGGGAGACCACGAGACUCUUAUGCCAUGGUGACGUCAGCAGCUUUGAUCCGUCACCGACCGAUUUCCCUCUUCAUCACCGUCGGUGUCGCUACAUGACACCCACGUGACAUCAUAGCGUAGAUGAGGAGGAUACAGUCAGAACUGGAAGAAAACCGACUACAUCCUGCAGAGUUUUGACAAGAUUUGCUUAAGAUUCCUGUCCUGCUUCAUGAAAGGCUGGUUCCUGAAGGACAUUAUCACUCUAAGCCAUGGGAAAGGAUUACUACAAGAUCCUGGGCAUUCAGUCUGGUGCCAGUGAGGAUGAGAUCAAAAAGGCCUACAGGAGGAUGGCCCUUAAGUUCCAUCCAGAUAAAAACAAGGAUCCUAAUGCAGAAGAAAAAUUCAAAGAAAUAGCAGAGGCAUAUGAAGUCCUGAGUGACCCAAAGAAGAAGGCUAUUUAUGACCAGUAUGGAGAGGAUGGACUCAAAAGUGGAGGAACUGGCUCAUCUAGUGGACCAGGCACUACGUAUCACUACACCUUCCACGGAGAUCCACAUGCCACAUUUGCAUCUUUCUUUGGCGGCUCUAACCCCUUUGAUAUUUUCUUUGGCUCUGGACGUCAUUGGAACACCAGCAAUGGUGCUGGAGACCAUGAUAUGGACAUUGACAUGGAUGGAGAAGAUGACCCAUUCAGUUCCUUUAGCCACUUUGGCUUCAAUGGUCUCAAUGGGUUCCAUCGUGGGGUAGGUCGAAGACCUCGUAAUGAAUCUUUGCACAGCAGCAGCAACACCAGGAGGAAGGUGCAGGAUCCUCCUGUGGUACACGAGCUGCGGGUAUCUCUGGAGGAAAUCUUCCAUGGAUGUACUAAACGCAUGCGCAUUACUCGCCGCCGCCUCAACCCAGAUGGAAGAACAACGCGGACAGAAGACAAGAUCCUUAAUAUUGUCAUCAAGAGAGGCUGGAAAGAAGGGACCAAGAUCACCUUCCCUAAGGAGGGCGAUGAGACACCUGAGAACAUUCCUGCUGAUAUUGUGUUUGUGCUCAAAGACAAGGGGCACCCGCACUUCAAGAGGGAUGGCUCUAACAUCAUAUACAGUGCCAAAGUCAGUCUUAAGGAGGCACUGUGUGGUUGCACGGUGAACAUUCCUACCCUUGACAACAAGGUUAUUACGCUGCCCUGCAACGACAUCAUUAAACCAGGAAUCAUAAAAAGACUGCGGGGCGAGGGUUUGCCUUUACCUAAGAGUCCAUCCCAGCGCGGGGACAUGAUAGUGGAAUUCCAGGUGCGCUUUCCGGACAGGAUACCUCCUCAGUCCAAAGAAAUCAUCAAACAGCACUUACCCCAGUCUUAAAGCCAUUUUAUUGGAUUUAUCAUCAUUUCUAUUUUAAGAUAAACAUUACCUUUCACAAACAUUAAAUACGAUCCAGAGGAAUGGAAAAUGUGCAACAACAAAAAAAGGACCGGAAGUCAACUUCAUAUUUUGUUACCCUUUUUAUCAUAUUUUGCCCUUUUGAGAGCAGGUGGAAAAAAUAACUUUCUUGGAGAAAAAAAAAAAAAAGAUUUUGUAAGCAGUUUGUUACCUUGAAGACUAUGACCUUUUAUCCAUGACCUUUUUCAUAUUCUACUCUAUUUUUUUCACUCAUUACUUUGAGGCAAAAGGGAAAGAAUAAAUUCCUACUAUAUUUAAAGAAAGCUUAAUGUGGAUGAUGGAUGCUAUGCUUGUUUUGCAGACAGUACUGCUUAUUUGUUUUACCUCUUACUUCUUGUCCCUUCUUUAGUCUAGUUUAAAUCAAAAUUUUUGGAUAAAGCGGAAUUUAAGAUAACCCUUUAGGUCCUUUAGUGUGAUGGGCUGAUCUUAGCACCAGCAAGUUCGAUAGAAACCAUUUGAUACAUUUUUACUCUCAGAACCAACCCAGCAGUCUAAAGGUGCUUUCUUCUCUGUGACCAGAUUAUUAGGUGCUGUCACUCAUUGCAAGUCUUUAAUGGUGUGAUCCCAGAAUUUUGAGUGCCUUAAUACUGCUCCAAUUAGCUAGAUUUCAAAGUCAGGUGAUGUAAUGAAAAGACCAGUGUUUUCACCUCAACCAAGCCCUAUUAUGGUACUGUAUACUCUACUGAAAAAAGAAAUUAUUAUUAUUAUUAUUAUUAUUAUUAUUAUUAUUAUUAUGUCAUUGCAAGAUUAGCCUGAUCGGGCAGUGCUUUAGGGCCCUGUUUUUAUUUGCUCAUGGGUUGAUUUCAUGUACUAUGAUUGGGAAAUUCCGACCUUGAUAUUCUGUUGAUUGUGUUACACUAUUUACAGAUUAUUUCAGGAUUCUCUUAUACGCAUUUUGAAAGGCUUUAUUACUAUAACUCAUACCACACUUUUCUUUAAAAUAUAUCCCUGACAGACUUUACUAGACAAUCAUAAGUCUUUCGCGGUAGGAUAAAGAAAGAUUUGAAAGUGAACAUUAAGCAGUGUACAGAGUGAACACGUAGUGGAAAUGAACUUGUUAAGGAUUCAUUGUAGCUGUAUAUAAAAGCUUCCCUGAAACUCACAAGAGCACUUUCAGAAAACUGUGAAGUCAGAAGAUGAUGUUUAAGGUUAAGGUAGGUUGUAAACAUAUAUCACACACUGUAUGUAUACUGUUCAGUGCACACAACUGUGGUUAAAAAGACAAAGUAUUCGUUGCAAUGAAGUAUAUGCACAUGGUAAAGUGGAUGGAGACAUUUUGAAGUUUUAGUAUGACUGUUGACGCGUUACUGUUUUAGAUGUGCACACUUUAUAGCUACAGUUUUCUCUUGGUACAACAAAGAUUUCUAUACAUUUGUAUCCCUCGAAAGGAAUUUAUGAUGUAUUGCCUUUUUGCAAUAUGGCCAACAUUUCAGUGAGAGGUUUGUUUGUUUUUCCCUAUGGACAAUCGUGUGAACCCACAUCUCUCUCUUGUAGAAUGUCAAUUUAUUCUCAAACAACAUGAAACAUUCGAAACGUGCCAAGAAAUUUGGGCCUGCCAAAGAACGCACAGUCACCACACAAUGCUCCUGGCACGAGUUUUAUAUCUGACACUAGGAUUCUUGCUUGAUAUGUUUUAUUUUAGGUCAUUUUUACACCUAUGCUAUUUAUGUGUUCUUUAAUAUAAUGAUGUUGCAUUGAACAUUUGGCCGCUGUCUUUAUUCUAUAUUACAGUAAAUCCAGCUUGCUAACUGGGAUGGUAAAAGGGCUUAGCAAGUGAUACUCAGUACAAAAAGUGUGUAUUGUACUGUGAUUUUAAACAGUGUUGAGGCCUUUUGGACUGAUGCUUUGGCGGGGCUGAAGCUUGUUCUGAAUGUGUUGGGUUUUAUUUUUUUCUUUAGUAGUAAGGCUAAAUUAUGUACCUUUUUGUUGUUAAGGGAUAUUGUUUUAAAAGGCAAGAAAUAAAACACAAACCAUGA